CCAUGCUUUGUCCAGAACCUUUCUCUCUGCUCCUCAUGACUUUCAGAUAUCUCGCUUAGUUCCUAAAUGUUUUAAGCAAGAACUGGAGAAAGUUGGUUUCACGGACCCUUCUUCUCCGCGUCGCGUCCUGCUUGUUUUACGCACCAGUCGAGUCAAGGGCAGUGAGCUGCUUCUUACUUUGUCCUUUUCGUAGAAAGAGGGAAAGCCAAGUUCCACUUGACACAUAUUAUUAUUUAUCUUGUCUCAUCCCACAAGUGACUGUGUGUGGUGUUCUUGUGGUGCCAGCCUUGUUAUUGUCAGUUCAUCUCCUCAUUCAACGUUGCCGUCACUCUGUAGUGUCCCAAUGUUCUUUGUCACUGUGGAUCAGCCAAAGUAAAUAGACUCCCAACACGUUGCGUGGUCUUUAUAUUGUGUUUUUGUCGGAUCUUUGCAUGUGAUAAGAAACUAGCAGCGUGUAUAAUACAGGGUCUAAUGUGUAUAAGCAACUUACGUUCUUUUGUCCCAAUCGGUUUCAAAAGACUUUUCACAUAAAAAGCCCAAUUUAAAUUUCUUCGAUACGUGUCAACAAUUCAACUCCUAAACGUGAUGAAGCAAUGUCUAGUCCAGCUACAAGCUAACGAUGUGGAAUUAAGUGUCACUUUAUACGAACUUUAACGACAACUGCACAAACAUAACUAUCGUUAAUUCAUGAAUGAGACAAUUUGGGUGUCAAGAAUAAGCCCAACCUGAUUACACUCGCAGCAACAAAGCAAGAUACUGGAGUUUGUAUAUACAGUAUUUGACCACGACGGGCAUACAAAGUGCACAAAUAUUCGGUCAUUCGACUAUUCAUGUACUACUGUGGGCUGACGACAACUUAAAAUUUCAACAAAUCGAUCGACUAGAAACUCGGAGACGGAAAUUGAGCUUUAUGACACCAUUUUCUCAAAGGGCUAAGCUAACCACUAACUUCAAGUAAACAGGUCCUACACAAAUUUACCAAGGUGCUCCUCGUCCCGACGUCCCAUUCCCCAUGGCGGAGAUGACGGAACUUCCUGCAGGAGGAGGUCCGAAGACAGGGGGGGCUAAUCUCGGCCCACCACCACCAACUGCUCAAAGACGCUCAGUAACUGGAUAUGAUGCCACGGAAGAUGCGGAGCCAGAGGGAUCAGGUUUUAUUGAAGUGGUGGCAACAUUCGCCUCGAUCCUUCUCCUCGUCGUUACCUUUCCACUCGCAAUCUUCUUCUGCUUUAAGGUGGUGCAAGAAUAUGAGCGAGCUGUAAUUUUUCGGUUGGGGCGAUUGCGUCGCGGAGGUGCAAGAGGACCUGGAAUAUUUUUUAUCUUGCCGUGUAUUGACGCCUAUCGUUGCGUUGAUCUUCGUACGGUCUCGUUCGAUGUUCCACCCCAAGAAAUCCUGACCCAUGACUCAGUCACUGUUGCGGUGGACGCUGUUGUGUAUUAUCGGGUCUACAACCCUACAGUUGCAGUAUCUAACGUUGUGGACUAUUCCCACUCCACCCGACUCCUGGCAGCAACAACUCUGCGAAAUGUCCUCGGAACCAAAAAUCUAGCAGAAAUUUUGUCAGAAAGGGAAUCCAUCUCCCAUACGAUGCAAGCCGCCUUGGAUGAGGCAACAGAUCCGUGGGGAGUCAAGGUUGAACGCGUGGAAAUUAAGGACGUCAGGCUACCCGUGCAAUUACAAAGAGCUAUGGCCGCCGAGGCGGAAGCCGCCCGUGAAGCUAGAGCCAAAGUGAUCGCGGCUGAGGGAGAAAUGAAAGCAUCUCGAGCUCUUAAAGAGGCCAGUGAUGUCAUGGUGGAAAGUCCUGCUGCUCUUCAGCUCCGAUAUCUUCAGACGUUAAACACGAUCAGUGCUGAGAAGAACUCUACGAUAAUCUUUCCGAUACCAAUUGAUAUACUUACACCAUUUUUCAGUGGUGCUUUAAAGAAAAAAUGAGUCGUACAUUGCCAAGCAUAGGAUAAAGAUAGAUGAUGACUGAUGCUCUGCUAAUGAAUGUCAUCUGAAGAAACUCCAAAGACUUAUGUUUUCGGCUUGAAAGAAAAACAGAACUCAGAACUCGUUCCAAUUUGUCUUUGUAAAUAUAUUAUUAUUAUUUUAGAUCUUCUUUUGACUUGUAUGAUCAUGAAAAUGUCAAUAUGUAAUCACCGCAGAGCAUAAAACUAAUGCUACUUUAUCAUUAUUUUUAUGUUUGAAAUACGAGUAGGGGUGGUUGAACCACUGUGGUUAGGUUUAUUAUUUACAUUCAUUACUGUUGUACUUUAUGCACUUAAAAGUGUGUAAGCAUUAAAAAAGAAACACUAUUAUUUUUGAAGACUCGCUCGGAAGUUUCGAAAAUUUUAUACGUAUGAAUGUAUCUCUCAAUGUUUCCUGUAUGCGUACCAAACGAUAAUCAAUCAAACCAUGAUUCUACAAAUUUGAGUAUGUCUUAUACUACGGUGACGUAACCCAUUAAAAUAUUUGUACGGGAAAUGUAUCUACCUAGUAUAUUCACUAAGAAGUGCUAUAGGUUAUAGUUUUAUUUAGUGCCAUACUGUAUUUCUGCGAAUGAAUGUGUAAAAGCUGUAAAACUUAUCACAACGUAUGAAUGAUUUCUAGCAUUUCGAGUGGUAUACAUAAUUUUUUCCAUUCUAAAUAUAUGUUGAUAAAUAGACUGGGUUGGACAAAAAUCAACCUGUGGUAUACAACGGACCAAUAACAGUCAAUCAUCAUUCGCUAAUUACAUAUUUAAAUACAAAGUAGAUUCGAAGCCAUAAAUACAUAAUAAUAAUAAUAAUUAUAACACACGAAAAAAAUGAAUUUGAUUCUAUUUACAAGAAUGCAUUAUGUCUUUUGCUGCUAGUUCCGAUACAUAUGUGUGUAUAUGUAGUACGCUUCAAGCAACGUGUCGUUUAGUUAUCGGUACGCAUACAUUUACACGUGCAAAGAAAUGCAUGGCUGGAAAUAAUUUAAAUUUUUAAUAAUUUAAAUGUUCUUUAAAUUCCCUGUACCUCUACCUUUAUCCUUGUGUGCCACAUUGUAGCAAAUUUGUACAUAUCUGAAAAUAUUGUUAGAAUUGGAGGAGAAGAAAUGAUGUUUUAAGGUGCUACCUGUGCUAUGGUUGUAAAUAUAUAUACAUUUAAGUAUUUGUUACACAUUCAUGCUCAAAUUGUACACAAUUCAUUGUUAAUUAGAAUGCUUAAGCAAAAAUAUCCUACAUAAACUCAAUGUUUACAAUUACAUACCUUAAUUAUUUUUUACGAAGCUGGCUAAAUUACCCAAUAAUUCAUGGACCACUAAAUUCAUUAUGUUUUUGACCUAGAACAAAUUUAAAAUGGUGAAAGUAAUGAUAAUUUAAUUUAUCAUAUCUCCCAAUGUUAAUCUUGACCAAGGAUUUGCCUUUGUUGUUUCUUUAAUAAUUCGGAUGAUUUUAUAAUAGGCUAUUAUAAACGUCUCGUUGUAUGAUAAUUACAUAAACUUGUACAUUGAAUAAAUAAUUUUGUGUUGGAA